AUCCCAUUCGUAUCUAAUUCUGGCAAGAGCCGGCCAUCCGUUCCUGCCACUUUUUCCUUCUUGGAUCUUCCCCAGUGUCGAGAAUCUCCCUGCAAUCUCUCCGUCUGCCAUCUGUCUUGUUCUUCAUUCGUACUCGUGGUCUUCAUGACAAUUCUUCUAUUCCCCGUCUAGCCCCGGCUUCGUAUCCGGAUAUUGGUAUUUUAGCAUCUUAUACCCACUGUCACCUGGCCCAAUAUCCCCAAAUUACGUGCUCUGCGAUACCCAAGACGCGGAAUAUCCCUGUUAGCAGACAUGUCCACCCAGGACCAAUCUCAUCAACAUGCGCCUUACAAUCUAGCCACCACGUUGCCACAUGAUUCAAGGAACCCUAGCACCCCAGAGUCCGAGGCAACUUUGGCACAUGCUUCUCCAGCACCCGACCCAGAAUCCCCCCAGCAUGGUGCGGGUAUGGACGAGAAGGAUCGUCGAAAUAAUUUAUCCUCUGAUGAUACCUCUUCAGAUUCAGAGAUAGAUUCGCCUUUAGCUACGGGUGAUUCAAGAUUUCAACCUCUGAAAUCAGCCCCAGCUUCCCACGACAGGCGCCCAGAUCUUAGCCAGCGUCGGUCAAUCAAAAGUGAAGACGACCUUUUCAGGGUGCUCUCUCGGCGUCAGACAAGUGCCUCUGGCAAGUCCAAUGCCGAACUUCAAGAAGAACAUGAUGAAAUAGAGCGAUUGAUGUCGAGGAUGUUCGGCAAAGCUCGUCAGGAGCACAGUGAAGAGGAAAAGACUCGACACAGCGGUGUUGUCUUCAGAAAUCUGACCGUCAAAGGCGUCGGCUUGGGUGCCGCCUUACACCCCACAGUCGGCGAUAUUUUUAUGAACCUCCCAAGAAAGAUUCGGACUCUGUUCACACGAGGCGCAAAGGCUGCCUCUGGCAAGCCUCCAGUCCGUGAACUUCUUAGCAACUUUGAUGGGUGCGUGCGACCUGGAGAACUGUUGCUGGUACUUGGCAGACCAGGUUCUGGGUGUUCGACCUUUCUCAAGACCUUUUGCAACCAGCGAGACGGCUACGAAGCCGUCGAAGGCGAAGUUACCUAUGGUGGGACCGACGCAAAGCGCAUGAAGAGAGAUUUCAGAGGCGAAGUCAUCUACAAUCCAGAAGACGAUUUGCAUUAUCCAACCCUCACCGUCAACCGCACAUUACGCUUCGCUCUCCAAACACGUACUCCUGGCAAGGAGUCCAGACUGGAAGGUGAAUCGAGGGCAGACUACAUGAACGAGUUCAUGCGUGUAGUCACCAAGCUCUUUUGGAUUGAACAUACUCUAGGCACAAAGGUCGGCGAUGAAUUCAUUCGAGGUGUCUCCGGAGGCGAAAAGAAGCGUGUCAGCAUAGCUGAGGCCAUGAUCACCCGUGCAUCAGUUCAAGGCUGGGACAAUUCUAGUCGUGGCCUGGAUGCUAGUACUGCUUUGGAAUAUGUACAAUCUAUCCGUACUCUCACCAAUAUGGCCUCUACGUCAACUGCAGUCUCUCUUUAUCAGGCCGGCGAAUCCUUAUAUGAAUUGGUUGACAAGGUCCUCUUGAUUGAUGAGGGAAAAUGCCUCUAUUUUGGACCUGCUGAGCACGCCAAACAAUACUUUCUCGAUUUAGGUUUCGAUAAACAGGAACGUUGGACCACUGCCGACUUUCUAACCUCCGUCACCGAUCGCCAUGAAAGAUCUGUCCGAAAAGGAUGGGAAGAUCGAAUUCCAAGAAAUGCCCAAGAAUUCUCAGACUUGUAUCGCAAUAGCGAUGCCUACAGAAGGAAUCUCGAGGAUAUCGAAGACUUCGAGUCUCAGCUCGAGCAACAGCGUCGCGAGCGGCUCCAGAAUCGGUCCAAGAAGAAUAAAAAGAAGAACUAUACAGUUCCAUUUCACAAGCAGGUCAUCGCUUGCACCCAGAGACAAUUCCUCGUCAUGACUGGAGACCAAGCAUCUCUCUGGGGCAAGUGGGGCGGCCUUGUCUUCCAGGGUCUUAUCGUCGGCAGCUUAUUCUUCCAAAUGCCCGCCACUGCAGCAGGUGCAUUUCCCAGAGGAGGUGCAAUCUUCUUUCUCCUUCUUUUCAAUGCUCUAUUGGCCCUCGCUGAGAUGACCUCGGCAUUCUCCUCCAAGCCGAUCUUGCUAAAGCAUAAAUCCUUCUCCUUUUAUCGACCUGCUGCUUACGCCAUUGCGCAAACCGUUGUCGAUGUUCCACUGGUGUUCAUCCAGGUCCUCAUAUUCAAUGUGAUAAUAUACUGGAUGGGUGGACUUGCCGCCACCGCUUCUCAAUUCUUUAUCAGCUGCCUCAUUCUGUGGCUUGUAACCAUGACCACAUAUGCAUUCUUCCGCGGCAUAUCUGCCCUUUGCAAAACCCUCGACGAUGCCACACGGUUCACUGGUGUCGCCAUUCAGAUUCUGAUUGUCUAUACCGGAUACUUGAUUCCGCCAAGCCAGAUGCAUCCAUGGUUCUCCUGGCUCCGAUGGAUCAAUUGGAUACAAUAUGGGUUCGAAUGUUUGAUGGCAAACGAAUUCACAGGCUUGACCAUGCAAUGCGAUCCCCCAUACCUCGUUCCUGCCGUUGGGCCGGGUGUCGCCCCAGAAUACCAAUCUUGCACACUUGCAGGAAGUGAACCUGGUUCCACAGAUGUACUUGGAGCUGCCUAUAUUCAGCAGGCCUUUACUUACACCCGCGCUCAUCUGUGGCGCAACUUCGGCUUCUUAUGGGCGUUUUUCUUCUUCUUUUUGGCAGUGACAGCUUUUGGCAUGGAAAUCAUGAAGCCCAACGCUGGUGGUGGCGCAAUCACCGUCUUCAAACGGGGCCAAGUGCCCAAGAAAGUCGAGGAAUCAAUUGUUACUGGUGGUCGUGAAAAGAACUCUCAGAACGACGAAGAAGCUGGUAAGGAUGACGGAAAGACCGCUGUCGAGAAGACCAUGGACCCAAACCAUGAAAGCGAAUCUUCGGCUUCGAGCGCAGAAAAGGAUCAGACUACACAGCAGGUCGCCAAGAACGAGACUGUCUACACCUUCCAAAAUGUCAACUACACGAUCCCAUAUGAGAACGGUCAGAGGAAGCUUCUUUCCGACGUGCAGGGAUACGUUCGUCCUGGCAAGCUCACGGCAUUGAUGGGAGCCAGUGGUGCUGGCAAGACUACUCUACUGAAUGCCCUGGCUCAACGCAUCAAUUUUGGAACCAUCACGGGUGACUUCCUCGUCGACGGCCGACCACUGCCAAAAUCGUUUCAACGCGCAACCGGUUUCGCAGAGCAAAUGGAUGUUCACGAACCCACCGCUACAGUCCGGGAAGCAUUACAAUUCUCGGCAUUGUUGCGACAGCCAAGGGAAGUUCCCAUCGAAGAGAAAUACGCCUAUUGCGAAACCAUCAUCGAUUUGCUUGAGAUGAGAGACAUUGCUGGGGCCACCAUCGGUAGAAUAGGCGAAGGUUUGAAUCAAGAACAGCGCAAGCGACUUACAAUCGGAGUUGAAUUGGCCAGCAAACCAGAAUUACUCAUGUUCCUCGAUGAGCCAACUUCCGGCCUUGACUCCGGUGCUGCCUUCAACAUUGUUCGAUUUCUUCGGAAAUUAGCAGACGCCGGCCAAGCCAUUCUGUGCACCAUUCAUCAACCUUCGGCUGUCCUUUUCGAACAUUUCGAUGAGCUUUUGCUGUUGAAGUCGGGCGGACGAGUCGUAUAUCAUGGUCCGCUGGGCCACGACUCGCAGAACCUCAUCAAGUACUUCCAAGAGAAUGGCGGUCGAAAAUGUCCUCCUGAUGCAAACCCGGCGGAAUACAUGUUGGAGGUCAUUGGAGCUGGCGACCCUAAUUACAAAGGCAAGGAUUGGGGUGACGUCUGGGCACAGUCAAAGAACUAUGAAGAGCAAAGCAAGGAGCUCGCCGACAUAAUUGAGAAGCGGAAAAACGUGGAGAUGAGUAAGAAUCUCAAAGAUGACAGAGAGUAUGCGAUGCCUUUGGUGGUUCAGACCCGAGCAGUCGUUAAUCGAGCUUUCGUCUCGUACUGGGUAAGUUGUGCGUGGCUGCCUUGCAAAGCUCCAAGUUGACAUGUUCUUCUAGCGUACACCCAACUACAUCAUCGGAAAGUUCAUGCUACAUAUCAUGACUGGCCUGUUCAACACCUUUACGUUCUACCACCUCGGAUUCGCUCAGAUCGACUUUCAAUCUCGGCUGUUCUCGGUUUUCAUGACGCUCACCAUUUCACCGCCACUCAUCCAGCAACUCCAACCAGUGUUUCUGAAUUCUCGCAACAUCUUCCAGUCUCGAGAGAACAACGCAAAGAUCUAUUCAUGGGUCGCAUGGACAACAGGAGCUGUUCUUGUCGAAAUACCCUACUCCCUCGUGGCGGGUGCGGUGUACUACUGCUGCUGGUGGUUUGGAAUCUUUGGGUACCGAGAGACCACCAGUUCUUUCACCUCUGGGUUUAUUCUUCUCUGCAUCCUCCUCUUCGAGCUCUACUACGUCAGUUUUGGCCAGGCCAUUGCAGCAUUUUCUCCCAACGAAUUGCUGGCCAGCUUGCUGGUGCCGCUCUUCUUCCUCUUUGUCGUCUCAUUCUGCGGAGUUGUCGUCCCUCCGGCGCAGCUGCCUUAUUUCUGGAGAAGUUGGAUGUAUUGGCUAUCGCCAUUCCACUACCUUUUGGAGGCCAUGCUCGGUGCCAUUAUCCACUCUCAACCAGUGAUUUGCAAUGAGAACGAGUUUGCAAGGUUCCCGGCGCCUCCAGGACAAACCUGCGACUCGUACACGGCAGAAUUCAUCGGCAUGGCCGGUGGUGCGGUGAGAACCGGGGCCGAUGGGCUGUGCGAAUUCUGUCAGUACGCCAACGGAGAUGAAUUCGGAGCUAGCUUCAGCGUUUUCUAUUCCCACAUUUGGCGAGACUUUGGCAUAUUGUGCGCCUUCAUCUUGGGCAAUUAUGCUAUUGUCUAUUUGGCCACUUGGUUGAAGUUCAAGGGCAAGAAUCCGCUCAAGACGAUCAUGGCCAAGAGAGCUCAAAAAUCAAAGGAGUAAGAGCGCACGGCCAUGGACACGCGCUGAGUCUAAUAGAUGAUGUUUCAGAGAUGUUUUGUAUAGACUUUAAUAUCCUUAUAGCAUUAAUUGCGUCAAUUGAGAAACCGAUUCAGGGCCCAUCAUCC